ACACACAAUUGCAAUUGAAGUUAUUCUCUAUUGUUGGGGCCUUGAUUGUUGGUACCUAGUUUAAUUUUGCUUGUCCUGUGUGGUACUUUUCUUUCAAUGUUUAGUGUUUUACCUUCAACAUAGUAUUUCUUUUUAACCUGUACAAGCCUUUCGAUACUUUCAUUGUGUAGGUAAAGCAUAUAGCAUCAGAGUCGGAUUUCAUCCCAAACAUCAACAUUUGUCAGGCUCAUUUUGAUUUUGAUGUUUCAUCAAAUUGAGUCUUUCUGAAGGUGUUUUAAAAAAGUACCUGCUUUUCGGUCCUGCUCCACAAUUUCAAUUAAUUCUAGUGUGCAUGAUAAUAAGUUUGUACUUUGUAGUAAGUUUCAAUUUGUCAGACAGGACAGGUGUCUCAAGUCAAAAGGCUCAACUGACUGAGCUAAAUUAACAUAUGCUGUAGGCAGGGAUGCAAUUUUUCUUCCAACCAUGUGUUAUGCUAGGGGCCAGUGCUAUAGAACUGUCUGAUGUGCUCCCAAUAUUAUUACUGAUAGAAUGCAUGCAGUCCUAUGGACUUAUUACUCGGGUCUUAUUACUCUGGUCUUAUUACUCGAAACGGUAUCUAAUGACCUUUACUUCAGUUAAAUACUUAAGGUAAAUACUUAUCUCAUCAAUGUUGAAACUCUGUACAGUGUACAGUCACAGUGUACCUAAAGGCCCUAAAAGUCACAAAGGAUAUAAGUAGGCCAUUGCUUUUUAUAUGCUACCUAUGCUUUGAUUCUGUUUACUACUUGAAGGCUGGCUGCAGUGUCUAGUAAUUGCUAUCAAAUGAGGUCAACUAAAUGAUAUAGGUAAAGAUUUAUUGGCUGGCAUGCAAAGCAGGCAAGGCCCUGGGAUACUAAUGAUAUAUAUUUCUAGCCUCUCGUUUUUUCUAGCCAUCAGUAAAUUUUUUAUAACCUUAUAUUUUUGUGUAAAGUGAAUGAGUGUGCUAUUGAAAGAUGUUGAAAGCAAUUAUUCCUAUCAAAAGUGAUGUUUUUAUCAUAGGAAUUUCAAUGAUGCCCACAUUUCUGUCUGGAAUCUGGAUGAAGAUGCUCAUUCCACUACUUGGCAUUACACUUCUCCUUGCUGGCUUGGCGCGGGCCGAGCCGGGCCCGCCGCCGCUAGUGACGGCGGCGCUCGGACAGAACGUCAGCCUGCCGUGCCCGGGCGGUACGGACGGUGACGCCGUCUGGCUGCGCGACGGCCGAGCGCUGGCCGACGCGGCGCCGAACACCGACGGCCAGCUGCUCGUCACCGACGCCUCCGUCGACGACGAGGGCCUGUACGGGUGUCUGCAGCAUGGCGGCGAGGACACGGGCGACGUGAAAUACGUCCGACUACUGGUCAAACGGCCGCCCGGGCCGCUGGUGAACGUCUCUGUGCGCGCGCAUACGGUGCUGGCCGAGCUGUUCUGGCGCGCCAACGACACGGGCUCGGUGCCGCUGACUGGAGUGGAGCUGCGCUACCGGGCGCUGGGCGAGCAGCACUGGCGCCGCUCGCUGCCGCCGCACGUCGCGCCGUCAGAGACCCACCGGGAGCUCUACCACCUGCGGCCCAACCGGACCUACGAGUUCCGCGUGUGGGCUACCAACGAGAUGGGCGAGGGGCCGCCGGUGACCGUGCAGGCCACCACGCGGCCGGAGCCCAGUCAGCUCGACCUGGCGGGCAGCCUGAUGGCCGAGGCGGUGGUGCUCGGCUCCGAGGGCUGGGUGACGGCCGUGCUCGUCGCCCUGGUGCUGGUGCUGCUGGUGAUGGCCGCCGGCGCGUGUGUGGUACUCCGCGGCCGGCACCAUGUCCCUCCCAACGGAGACAGCGCAGAGAGUCUGGAACUGGUCUCUCAUCUCGAGCAGCCCGGCUACGAACUGGAGGUGAUCGAACAGGACGAGAACUCAAACAGCCAGCGCGCGCAGCUGCUCAACAACAACGUCGAGAUCCACCCGGUGCGGAUUUGAGGAAGACAGACCGGACACGGAUCCGACGUCUCCUGAUCGGAUCCGGUGUCCACGAGAUCCAGCUGGUGGUACUCUGGCGACGUGGAUCCAGGGCUUGAAUGAAUCUCAAGACAGGCGAGCGCCGUUUGGGUCGAGAGGCGUAUGGACAAUGGUGGAUCGGAGACCCAGUGGCCGGGAUGGUAUCUGUGCACGAAUCACUGUCGUUUGCGAGCAUAUCGCUGGGGAAGCGGGGAUCUGAUGGCGUCUUUCAGGCCGGGCGCUCGGCGACCCGCCCGCGCGGUGUACUCGUACCCCGGUACCGCGGGGUACGUGCAGUGCGAUACCGGGAGCCGAGGCUCGCCGCCGGAAUCAAACACAUAGUGGUGCUCAAACUGGAGUCGGCGCGACAACCGCGGCUCAUUGGCAGCAAAAGAUGAGAUAGCUGUAGAUAAAAUGUUGUGCGGCCGAGUGGCGGCUCUGAACAAAUCCACGUCUCGAGCGCGAUUGUACCCUGAUGUUAAUGGUGUUGUGGUUAAUGUGGUUACUGCUUACUGGAGACCUGCUAGCACUUGUUUUAUUUGCACUAGUACGCCUACGCAGUUUAUUUUGUACACAGUUUACAUGUACAUUGAGCUGUCUGAUGUAGGCGGGUGACGUCUUACCGCUCCCGACAGCAGCGGCGGACUCAUUGGAGAACGUGACUCAGUCUGGAUGUUUGCUAACGUAUGUGUCAUAUAAGAGCGGCAUUGCGCGGUCCGACCGCUCUGUGCGUUAUCAUGGCGGGCUGUAUGUAGUCGCUUUUACUCUAUGGUUUCGCUGUGAUUUACAUCGAUAGUCGACUCAUAUAGCGGAACAUUGAUGAAACGCUGAGGCUUUCUGAAGGCUCGUCCCGCUUAUGUCUAUGCGCAAUAUGUUUACUUUGUUCUAUGUAUUAACAAUAUUUUGAUGUGAUGUUAUGCAUCGACAUUUAGUUUACUGGCAUCGGGUAAGGUGGUUGUUUAGUUUAGGCAUUAACGGAGCUACAUGUGUUUCUGAACGGGCGAUCUUGGUGGCUCGUAGAUCUUGGCUGGCUGGACUUGCGAAGGAUUGUGAUUGCGUAGCACCCUGUGAGGCAGCUGCCGUCCCCCGCUAGUCUGACGUCGGCCCUCCCUGCCACGGUCCGGUGGGACCAGCGAGCGAGCUCUGUAGGCCCUUCGCUGCAGCCUGGGACCGACACUCCCAGCAGACUGCCUGAGCGAUCGGACUCAUUGCAUUCUGUACGAUAUCAUAGCAUAAUGUAAUACACCCAUGCGAUAA